UAUCUCCCUGCCUGUCCCGCACCCCCCCCCACCCUCUCCCCCGCACACUCUCCGCCGUGGCGUGGCGCCGCAUUCUCCGCCGACGUCGAGAGAGACAUGGCCGGCGCGGGAGACGACGCCGGGAUGGACGCCGUCCAGAAGCGGCUCAUGUUCGAGGACGAGUGCAUUUUGGUGGAUGAACAGGACAAUGUUGUUGGCCAUGAAUCAAAAUAUAACUGUCAUCUGAUGGAAAAGAUUGAAUCUGAGAAUCUGCUCCACAGGGCUUUCAGUGUGUUCCUUUUCAACUCAAAAUAUGAGCUUCUACUUCAGCAAAGAUCUGCAACAAAGGUUACAUUUCCUUUAGUUUGGACUAAUACCUGCUGCAGCCAUCCUCUGUACCGUGAGUCUGAGCUUAUCCAGGAGAACUACCUUGGAGUAAGAAAUGCAGCACAGAGAAAGCUCUUGGAUGAGCUGGGCAUCUCAGCUGAAGAUGUCCCAGUUGACCAAUUCACGCCUCUUGGUCGGAUGCAUUACAAGGCCCCAUCUGAUGGGAAAUGGGGCGAGCAUGAGGUUGAUUACUUGCUGUUCAUUGUCCGGGACGUGAAGCUGCAACCGAACCCGGACGAAGUAGCCGAUGUGAAGUACGUGAACCGCCAGCAGCUGAAGGAGCUCAUCCGGAAGGCGGACGCCGGCGAGGACGACGUGAAGCUCUCCCCCUGGUUCCGGCUGGUCGUGGACAACUUCCUCAUGGGCUGGUGGGACCACGUCGAGAAGGGCACGCUCAACGAGACCGUGGACAUGGAGACCAUCCACAAGCUGAAGUAAGGGCUGCCGCGCUGUGGCUGUGCCGCAUGUUUUGGACUGAUGAGGAGAACACUCGAUUCCAUUGAGAGGGUUUGUUCUUCUAUGCUUAUUCAGUGACCGAUUUGGAAACUAGACGUUUAUUUAAUCGCUUAUACAUCGUCUGAAUAAAUUGGAAUGAGAGGGGCUUGUUUGCUGCUA